UAAACCUACAGAACCUGCUGCUUUUAUGGAGAAGCUAGAGCCAGCUCACCUGGUGAAGAAAGGCGGAUAUGCUGAACUGACCUGUAAAGUCACUGGUACUCCUGAGAUUAAAAUCACAUGGUUCAAGGAUGACAGGGAGCUAAAAGAGAGUGACAAAUUUAGGAUGUCUUUCACAAAAUCUUUGGCAGUACUUCAUCUUACAGACGUUGAGACUGAAGACAGUGGGGAAUAUAUUUGUGAGGCCAGAAAUGAUGCUGGGAAAGAUACUUGCAGUACCAUUGUUACAGUCAAAGGUGUGUGUGACUUCCAGCAACUCAACCAGUUUGUCUCUUCAAAUUCUGUGCAGCUCUACAAGUUUCCAGAGUGUGAUUAAUAUAAACUGCACUUUCUCUCUUUUGCACUAUAGAGUCACCUUAUUUUAGAAAGGAGUUUCAAUCCAUGGAAGUCUUGAAGGAUUCUGAUGUGGUUUUGGAGUGCGAGGUGCUUGGUACACCUCCCUUUGAAGUGUUUUGGGUGAAGGAUGAUAAGCCUGUGCGGAGCAGUAAGAAGCAUAGAAUAAGCACUGAGAAAUCUUUGAUUAGCCUCCAUGUCUUCAGGUUUGAUGCAUCUGAUGUUGGUGAAUAUCAGUGUAGAGUAACAAAUGAUGUGGGAAGCUGUUUCUGCAGUUCAGAGGUCACACUGAAAGGUUAGUGCAAGGUGGAAAACUCCACUAAGCGUGAUUUUGUGCCAGUGUGGUUGCCAUGCCACACAAGCAUGAACCAGGCCUGUACUUACUUAGUCACUUUCUUCCUGCUAGAGCCUCCCCAGUUUUUGAAGAGGAUAGAAAACAUUAGUUCCCUUCGAGGGGGCACAGUCGUGUUUCAGGCUGCUGUUAAAGGCUCCUUGCCCAUCACUGUGUCCUGGCUGAAAGACAGUGAUGAAGUUAUUGAAGACAGUAAUAUCAAAAUGACCUUUGUGAACAAUAUUGCCACUCUUCUGGUGAAGUCUAUUGAACUGAAACAUGAUGGAAAAUAUUUCUGCCAGGCUAAAAAUGAGGCAGGAAUUCAGAGGUGCUCUGCUCUGCUGACUGUCAAAGAGCCUGCUACAAUCGUGGAUAAGGCUGUGUCAAUAGAUGUGACUGAGGGAGACCCAGCAACCUUGCAAUGUAAAUUUUCCGGAACAAAAGAUAUUACAGCCAAAUGGUUCAAAGAUGGCAAGGAAUUGACUUUAGGCCCAAAAUAUAAGAUCAGUGUUACAGAUACUGUCUCAGUCUUAAAGGUACUUCAUGCGGAAAAGAAAGAUAGUGGGGAAUAUGUAUUUGAGGUUCACAACGAUGUUGGAAGAAGUAGCUGUUCUGCCAGCAUCAAUGUCCUAGAUCUCAUUAUACCACCUAAAUUCACCAAAAAGCUCAAGAAAAUGGACAGCAUUAAGGGAUCUUUUGUCCACUUGGAAUGUAUAGUGUCUGGUUCACAUCCUAUAAGUAUCCAGUGGUACAAGGAUGGUCAAGAAAUAACAACAAGUGAAAAGCACAAAUACUCUUUCCAUGAUAAUACUGCCUUUCUGGAAAUCAAUAAACUCGAAGGCACAGACAGUGGCUCUUACACUUGUGAAGCAACAAAUAAGGCAGGAAGCAACCAAUGCAGUGGGUUCUUAACCGUCAAAGGUUUGAGCUCCUUCUUUUCUUUAUUAUGUCUCUAAUUCAUAGUUUGGGAUCUUUCCUAGAAGAAAGUAAUCCUCUUUCUUUUUUUUUUUCCCCCAUGUUAUAGAGCCACCAUAUUUUGUGGAAAAGCCUCAGUCCCAAGAAGUUGUGCCCCAUGCUAGGGUUCAGUUCAAAGCAUUGGUGAAAGGCUCUACUCCUCUGCAGAUAAAGUGGUUUAAAGACAGCCAGGAGCUCCUUUCUGGAGCCAAUCGUUCUGUCUGGAUGGAUGACACAUCUAGUGUGCUGGAGCUCUUCUCAGCUAGGAUGUCUGACUCUGGGAACUACACUUGUCAGAUAAGCAAUGAUGUGGGGACUGCAACAUGUAAAGCAACUUUGUUUGUAAAAGGUGUGCAGCUCAGUGUUAUUCACGUCUUUGUUGUUCUGAUUUUUCUGUACAAAUGAGGGGGAGGAGACAGGAAACACUUUUUGGAAAAGUAUUUCCAAAAAACUGAAUGUUAUGAAACCUCACUUUUUUUGUCUGUCUUCUAGAGCCCCCCAGGUUUAUUCAGAUGCCAACCCCUGUAGUAGCUUUGCGUGAAGGACAGUCCACUACUUUUGAGUGCCAUGUAGUAGGAACACCAGAGAUACGUGUCACGUGGUACUUGGAUGGGAAUGAAAUGACUGAUGAAGCUAAGUACGGCAUCUCUUUCAUUGAUGGUCUAGCCACUUUGAAAGUCACUCAAGCCAGAGUGUCGGAUAGUGGGAUUUAUGUUUGUGAAGCCCACAACGAUGCAGGUAGUGAGAGCUGCAGCAUCGAGUUGAAAGUAAAAGGUUGGUUUUGAAAAUUUUGUCAUCAUCCAGCUAUGCAACAUAACUAGAGUGAUGAAAUGGGGGAGACCAUUUCUCCCCUCAUAAUUACCAAGGUUACUAUCCACUUUCCCUAUCUUCCUCUUUAUAGAGCCUCCAACAUUUGUUCGAGAGUUGAGACCUACUGAGGUAGUAAAGGGUUUGGAUGCCAUGCUUGAGUGUGAGGUGACUGGUACUCCUCCAUUUGAGGUGAAGUGGCUGAAGAAUAAUAAGGAGAUGUUCAGCAGCAAGAAAUAUGCUAUCUCCACCAAAGAAUCAAUAUUUACUCUUAAUGUGACCAACUGUGACACCUCAGAUGUAGGUGAAUAUCAGUGCAUUAUAUCAAAUGAAGUUGGAAGCUGUUCUUGUAGCACAAGGCUCAGCUUGAAAGGUCAGUCUCUUGAAAAGUACCCCAAAGAUUACUGCCACUAGCUGAAGUACAGUGACUAAGAUGACCUUAUGUGAUCUCUCCUUUAUUCCCUUUCCAUGACUUACCCUUCUACACAAUAAAACCUCACACCAUAGAACCAGCAUCCUUUGUCAAGAAACUGGAGAAUGUUACUACUGUUUUGAAAGGCUCCGCAUCCUUCCAGUGUGUCAUAGCAGGUGCUCAACCCUUAUUUGUGUCAUGGAUUAAGGAUGAGAAGAUACUGGAAGAUGAUGAACACCACCACAUUACCUUUGAGAAUAAUGUGGCCACAUUGAAACUUACCAAUGUCGACCUCAGCCACAGGGGGAGAUAUACCUGCCAGGCAAAGAAUGAAUCUGGAGUGGAGAAAUGCUUUGCUUUGCUUUUUGUGCAAGGUGUGUAGCUGCACCCCUUCAAGCUCAUCCUUGAAAAUCAGUCACUUUUCAGUGUCACUAACAACCAUUUUUGUACCACAUUUGUAUUUUGUACUUGUACCACAGAGCCUGCACGGAUUAUAGAAAAGGCUAAAUCACUUAAAGUUACUGAAAGAGACCCUGUGACUUUGGAAUGUACUGUGGAGGGGACACCAGAGCUCCGAAUAAAAUGGUACAAAGAUGGCAGACAGCUUCUACCCAGUAGAUAUUACACAAUGAGCUUUGAAAACAAUGUGGCCAGUUUCAGGAUUGAACCUGUAUCGAAGGAAGAUAGUGGUACAUACAGUUUUAAGGUUGAAAAUGACUUCGGAAGUAGCACCUGCGAAGCUAUUCUGACUGUGCUAGGUUUGUAUUGUCAUUUGGCAAAUUUGCCAAUCCAACAAGAAGAGAGUGAAAAAAAAAAAAAAAAAAAAGUAGAUUGUGAAAGAUAAGCAGUAAAGUAACCAGUGCAUUUUUGCCAUGUUUUGUGUUGUACAGAUCAAGCAAUUCCUCCCUUAUUUAUCAAAAAGCUAACCAAAAAGGAUACGGUUCUGGGAUCUU